UGGUGCACUUAACAGGCUUCUAAAAUGGCUUAACCAGAGAGCAGUGCUGGACUACUGCUUGUUCUGUGCUGGACUACUUGGUGAUCCAGCAAAACCAUGUUGUUCACCAGCAAAUGUUAGUUACCUUGUUUGGUCUCUCAGAUCAAGCUCGUAUUAUUAUACUAAUAUUAAAGGGGGAGUUCACCCCACAAAGGAAAAAUAUGUCAUCAUUUACUCAUCCUCAUGUUAUUUUAAACCAGGCACAGCCUUCAGCCAUACCCUGGUUUUUCAUUGGAUUUCAACUGAAGGGGACCCAUCACCCCCCACCCCUGGAACGCCUAGCUGUACCCUAGGGUUUUAUGAAAUGAAAUGCCACCACCACCGCUCCUAACCCAUUAACUAAAACCCACACUACUCUGUUUAGACAUGCUUUUAUAUAAAAAAACAUGUUCCACAUAGUGUGUAGACUAUUUUAAUGUUUGGAGGAACCUUUCAACAAUAUUAAGAACCUUUUGUACAACAGAAAUGUUCGAUAGAUGUUACAGGUUUUUCAUGGAGCCAUUGAUGCCAUAUAAAGAGCUCACAUUGUAAACUGAGCACAUCACAUGCUGAAGCUCAAUCAAAGAUGAAUGAAAGUUUUAUGGGUUUGGACUGGAAUGACAUAAGACAUGUAUGACAGAAUUUUCAUUUUUGGGUGAACUAUCCUUUUAAUACACAAUUACAUUUUCAUAGAAUAUGCGAAAAAAUAAAAAAUAAAAAAGCUAGUGACCAAUCAGAUUGAACUGUUUUGGUAAUGAGGGGCUGUAAAUAGGAUAUGACCUGGAUAUAUGACACAUAUGAGUCAUAUUGUAAUCCAGGAUUUUACUGGACAGCGUGUCUGCUAAUAAACACCCCUCACAUUCCCUGCACUCCUUUUGAUGAGACAGGCAUCUUACACGAGACACACUGACAUACUGAAGCUUUUCCUGCUAGAAGAAAGCUUGCGUCUUCUAAAAUAGACUAAAGUACCAUGCUCUACAAGUCCUUUAUCACUUAACUCACAGCAUUGUGCUUCGUGAAUGCAGGAUUACUAUGAUGAGGAAUCUGUGUGGAGUUGAAACAGGAUUUCUAAGGGAUUGUGGUAAUCUUCUGUGCAUAUGAAUCAGUACUCAAGAGCCCUGAUGUGAGUUACUGUUUGGGUCUGUCUCCAUGCAACACCCCUACGACUCAUUCUGCAGAUUCCAGUAAAGAUUUUCUUGGAGUGCCCCCGAAAUGAAUGCUCUUGUACAACCAAGAGAUUUUGCCAUUGCAAUUAAUCUCUCUGCUUCUAUUUAAUAUUUAACGUGUGACACUUCAGUCCCCUUUUUUAAGCAUACAUGGAAGUAGCAUAUAAAAUCUGAUCCCUUUAUCAUUGGAGCUUGUCUUAAAUGUAUUUUUCAAAUAAAACAAGAGACAACAAAUAGGCAUAGAUGGUAGAAGCUCAAGGGAUUUAGCAUCUAUCUCAUACAUCAACAACUAAAAAUGGCCGCAGUAAGCUAUGACCAACUGAUGGAGAACAAUGGCUUACUAAAUAUAGAGCCAAAAAGUGCUUGAAGCCACAGGAAAACAUGACUAGCACUAUAUAAACUCAAGUCCUUGAAAACCUAAGCCUUAUGAAAAGGUAAGAGGAUGCUAAGAGCUAUGCGCUUUGAGAACCACUGUUCCACCGUGCAGCUGAAUGGAUGGCAGGCUCUGCUGGAUGAUAACUGUGAGUUAGGACAGGAUCAUUUGGAAAGAGCGCAUUUACGCUCCUUAUGGCUCUAUAGAUCUGUAGUGAAGGGAGACACAAGAGGGCUUCGUAACCUCCUUAAAAGGAACUACAUUGAUGUUGAUGUGUUUUAUAAUGUGAGCCGUGAGGAACUUGAGUGGCAAGCUCGAACAGACACCACCUUUGGACCCUCAGGUCUUUGGUCUUUGGAGUAUAAAAGAGAACUGACAAGCCCACUGUGUAUUGCUGCCGCACAAGGUUUCUCUGAAUGUCUGCAAUAUUUACUGGAACACGGCGCACGUCCCAACCUUAUCGCAGGAGGAAAAGCAGCACUUCACGAGGCCUGUGCAAACGCCAACACUGAAUGUGUAGAGCUGCUGCUGGAACAUGGGGCUAAUCCUAACCAGAUGACAGACGAGGGACUGACUGCUUUACAUCUCUGCAGGACACCACAAUCACUACGUUGUGCAAAAACCUUGGUGAGAUAUGGUGCCAAAGUGAACUCACCCAGUGAAGAAGAGGAUGAAACACCACUGCAUGUGGCAGCUAGACACGGUCUGCCCCACCAUGCACAGCUGUACCUACGAUUCGGGGCCUGCGUGAACCAUAGCAGCUCUUCUGGUGAAACGCCACUGGGGGUGGUUUGUGGAGUUGCCCCAGAAAAGACAGACGACAGCCAAGAUGAACGAUACCUCGAGAUCUGUCGUCUCCUCCUGGCCUAUGGAGCUAAGGUUAAUUUGUCUGAUAAAGAACGCCGCAGUCCUCUACACAAGGCUGCCCGCAAUGUGCAGCUUAAGCUGGUGGAGCUUCUCUUGGAGCAUGGGGCUGAUAUCAAUGCCAUUGACUAUAACGGUUGUUCGCCGUUAUCGAGUGUUCUACAAAGCUCUGUGGUUCGGCAAGAGUGGGAACCUCACAGGGUUGUCCAGACCUUGAUAAAUCGGGGAUCUAUUAAAGUCUGGCCACUAGCACUGCUGAAGGUAUUAACAGCUUGCGCUGCAGCACCUAAAACUGUGGAAAUCCUGUUUAACUCAUACACACUUGUCCCUGUGACCUACAAAUGGGUUGAGGCUAUACCUGAGGAUAUUUUUCAUCUUCACAAAACCUUUUAUGAGUCUCUCUUUGCACUGGAGUAUAAACCACGUAGUUUACAGCAUCUGUGUCGGUCUGCACUGAGGAACCAGUUUGGGAAAAACUGCUGCUCACUCAUUCCCAGGCUCCCCAUACCAAAGCCACUUGAACAGUAUCUUCUUUUGGAACCGGAGGGGUACAUUGACUAGAACCAGAAACAUUUAGGGAACUUUAGAAGGGUUUUUAAUGCAAUAAAUGUAACACUCUGACAAAGAUGACUGCCUUGAGUUUUACUUGCAUAGUCACCAUACAGUGACAUUUUUAGAGAUAGUAUUUUUUCCACCUGUUUUCAUAUAAAUAAUCUAAUAUAUUAAUGUAAAUAGCUUUGCAAAAUAUUUCAUUGUUUGAAUGACAGUGUGUUGCAGUUUCAGCUCAUAUUAACGUUUAAUGCAUAUUAUUUCAUCAAGAAAUAAUUUUGUCUGUCAAUAAAAUAAUAUCUUUUGUCAAGUAUGACUGUCAUUUUUUUUUUUUAUUUCUCCAGUGUAGCCUACUAUAUGUAAGGGUUGGUAGCUACUCAGAACACAACUAUAGCAUCGGAUUGGUAAAAAUAAGUAAUCUGCUAAAGAAAGAGACCUUAUCCUGACAUUUCAGCCUCAGUGCAUGACAUUUGAUUAUUGGCUGUUGUCGCUUGACAUUAUCAAUGCUGUUUGUGUGUACCUGUGAAUUGCACCUGUUUUAAUGUAGUAAGAUGACUUUAGCACUAAAUAAACGUUAUUAUUUAUUUA